CGCAGCCGCCCCGCAGCCAGCUCCGACGACCCAGCCCAGCCGGCCGCCGCCGAGCUCCGGGACCCCGAGAAGCCGGGCUCUGGGCUUGGGGGGGAGUCUCUCUCCGCAGGUCGCUCUGGUUGAGAAAUUGUGACAAACUGGAAUUCCCAGAGCCCGGCAGAGUUAAAGCCUAGAGCGAUCUGUUGCUUUAAGCCGCUCGCACGGUGGGGAGUAGCUUGGAGACUCUUUAAUUUGGUUUGUCUAGUUAAAAAGGGGGCUGCCAGCGAAGAUGUUAUAGGUGACCCCCUAGCCUUGUAGAACGCCACCGGGCUGUGAGUGGUGUUAAUUUCUGAAGUGGGCGACGCCAAGCACUUACGGAAGCCCAGGUAACCAAGACGUUAGAAGAACGGUUUGCUCCCUGCUACCCAGCCUCACUCGCCAUUCCCCAGCUCACUGACGCUUGGUUUGCCUCAAAGGACACUUCAAGAACUGAACAGAGGAAUCCCAAGAGAGCUGCCUGAAUCUGCCUGUGUUUUCUUCUUCUGCCUUCCAUAUAAAGAACCGGGACCCAUCGAAUUGGUGACUUUUGGACCCAUCGAAUUGGUGACUUUUGAUUUCCACCAACUGUGGAUGCCUUUGACAUUAUGACCGCAGAAGAUUCCACCACAGCCAUGAACAGCGAUCCAACCGUGGGGUCCUCCUCCAAGGUGCCGGAGGGCGUGGCAGGCGCGCCCAACGAGGCUGCGCUCUUGGCGCUGAUGGAGCGCACCGGCUACAGCAUGGUGCAGGAGAAUGGGCAGCGCAAGUACGGGGGGCCCCCGCCCGGCUGGGAGGGCCCGCAUCCCCAGCGCGGCUGUGAGGUCUUCGUGGGCAAGAUCCCACGGGACGUGUACGAAGAUGAGCUGGUGCCUGUGUUUGAGACGGUAGGCCGCAUCUACGAGCUGCGCCUCAUGAUGGAUUUCGAUGGGAAGAACCGGGGCUAUGCCUUCGUCAUGUACUGCCACAAGCACGAGGCCAAGCGAGCUGUUCGCGAGCUCAACAACUAUGAGAUCCGCCCGGGCCGCCUGCUGGGCGUGUGCUGCAGCGUGGACAACUGCCGCCUCUUCAUCGGUGGCAUCCCCAAGAUGAAGAAGCGCGGGGAGAUCUUGGAGGAGAUCGCCAAGGUCACCGAGGGCGUGCUCAACGUGAUCGUGUACGCCAGCGCGGCAGACAAGAUGAAAAACCGAGGCUUCGCCUUCGUGGAGUAUGAGAGCCAUCGCGCCGCCGCCAUGGCGCGUCGCAAGCUCAUGCCAGGUCGCAUCCAGCUGUGGGGCCACCAGAUCGCCGUGGACUGGGCCGAGCCGGAGAUCGACGUGGACGAGGACGUGAUGCAGACGGUGAAGAUCCUCUACGUGCGCAACCUCAUGAUCGAUACCACCGAGGAGACCAUCAAGAGGAGCUUCGGCCAGUUCAACCCGGGCUGCGUGGAGAGGGUCAAGAAGAUCCGCGACUACGCCUUCGUGCACUUCACCAGCCGCGAGGAUGCCGUCCACGCCAUGAACAACCUCAACGGCACGGAGCUGGAGGGCUCCUGCUUGGAGGUCACCCUGGCCAAGCCUGUGGACAAGGAGCAGUACUCCCGCUACCAGAAGGCAGCCAAGGGCGGUGGCGGCUCGGCCGAGGCGGUGGCCCAGCAGCCCAGCUAUGUGUACUCCUGUGACCCCUACACUUUGGCCUACUAUGGCUACCCCUACAAUGCGCUCAUCGGGCCCAACAGAGACUACUUCGUAAAAACAGGCAGCGUAAGAGGCCGAGGGCGAGGCGCAGCUGGAAACAGAGCCCCGGGGCCCAGGGGUUCCUACCUCGGAGGAUAUUCUGCUGGCCGUGGUAUAUAUAGCCGAUAUCACGAAGGCAAAGGCAAACAGCAAGAAAAAGGAUAUGAACUUGUGCCGAAUUUGGAAAUCUCUGCUGUCAAUCCAGUUGCCAUUAAACCUGGCACAGUGGCCAUCCCUGCCAUCGGUGCCCAGUACUCCAUGUUCCAGGCAGCCCCAGCCCCUAAGAUAAUUGAAGACGGCAAGAUCCACACAGUGGAACACAUGAUCAGCCCCAUUGCUGUGCAGCCCGACCCCGCCGCCGCCGCUGCCGCCGCCGCUGCCGCCGCCGCCGCCGCUGUCAUUCCCUCGGUAUCCACACCGCCACCUUUCCAGGGCCGUCCGAUAACUCCCGUGUACACGGUGGCACCGAAUGUUCCGAGAAUCCCCGCGGCGGGCAUCUACGGGGCCAGCUACGUGCCCUUCGCUGCUCCAGCCACCGCCACCAUCGCCACACUACAGAAGAACGCUGCGGCCGCCGUGUACGGGGGCUACGCCGGCUACAUACCUCAGGCCUUCCCCGCUGCUCUCCAGGUGCCCAUCCACGACGUCUACCAGACUUACUGAGACCCAGGGACCGGAGCCAAGGCAAGCCACCAAACACCGCUGAAGGAACACUUUAUUAUUUAUGAAGAAAGUAACGUGUCGGAUUGGCACACGUGGGAAACCUGCAAGUGAAGAAUGUUAUCGAGUAUCACACAGAAAUAUUUUCUAUCAAAUGAAGUUUUCACGCGUUUUUGUUUUGUUUUUUUAAAGACUUCUCAACUUAGCAGGCCCGCGUUCAUACAUUUCCAAGAGACUUUUGAUGCCUCAAGUCUUAACACCAUCUUUUAAAAUUUGUACGCUCUACUGCAUUUGUACAGAGGUUUGGUUUUGUUUUUUUUUUAAGGAUAUAUUUUCAGUAUGAAGGUUAUUUUCUUAACUUCUGCACUCCAGAGUUUUCUAUUUUGUAGGACCUUUCAAAAAUAUAUCAGCUAUAUAUAUAAAUAUAUAUAUAUAUCAAAAAAGCACACCCUCGCAUCUAGGGAACUAUUUUGAAAACUAUAUUCAAUAUUUAAAGACACAAACUGUAGUGCUACAUAAAAUAUUAUUUUAUUUUCAAGGUGAUGCUGGAAAGUGCAAUUUUAAAACGAGUAAGAGUCUCUGCUGUAUUUUCACUGGCAUUAAGGGCUGAUAUUGCCAUGUAUCUUCAUGUUUUCUGGUUUUGGGGGUUGGGGGUCAGUUUGCUUUGGUUUGUUUUUUAUUAACAGUCUGUUCUUAAGCCAACAUGGAAGAGACUCAUCACACCCAGAGUCCCAACACUGGACAGCUCUCACCUGCCCUCAUUACCUUGGUCUUUAUUGUUAACUAUGUCCCGCCCCCCUUUCCCUAUCUCCAGUCAAGUCUGGCACAUCUCAGAAAAAUGGAUAAUUCUGCUAGAGAAGACAGCUGAUGCCUUUUAUACUUCUUCCUGGGAUUGUGUUAUGGUCUUUUUAUUUUGGUUUGUUUGGGGAGGUGUUACCUUCUAUAUGUGUUUUCGGUAGCAGAAUACCCAUAAGGACCAGAUUUUAACAUGUUUGCCAACCACAUCUUUGCAUAUUGUUCAGUAUGAAACUUUUUCAUUGUUCAGUAUGAAACUUUACCUUCCUAGUGCUUUGAUUUUUUUUUUUUUUCCUUUUUUGAAGUCCGAGUUUUUAGAGACAAAGAAUGUAUGUGAUUAUGGAGAAGACCUUCAAGACUUGUCAACAGGGAGUUAAGCUUCUAGCCGCCUUCUUGGGUUCCCUACAGAAUGGCUGCUGUCAUCAGGGGUGUGGGAGCACCAUGUUUGUUGAUCAGGGUUUCCCUGGGUGGCUCUGCAUUUGGUAGGCGAACGUGGGGUGCACACAUCCAGGAGGGCUCUGUAGGAGUUCAAGGGGAGUUUGUAAAUAACUUCUGACACUUGCUUAUAGUCCUUUUGUGUUGCCAGGGUUCACAGCCUGCCUGUAGUGUAAUGCGAAAUGCAGCCAUUUUAUUUUGAUGUUAUUAAAAGUGUUUGGGGUUUUGUUUUGGUUUUGGUGUUUUGGCAGUAAAUACACAGAUGCAGUGUUUUGUGCCCAUUUAAAGGCUUUUCUUUGGCAGAGUAAAUGUAGAGUACAGUAAAAGGCUACUAUUGUCAUUUGUUUUAUGAAUUAUGUCAACCUGCAUCUUUUUAAAAGGCUCAAUCAAGAAUGUGAGGAGGGCAACAAGGUAACAGAUACACAGUUGUAUUUUAUGUUGUAGCAGAGCCCAUCAAAAUCUUUCUUCCCACAAGAGUUUUGCUAUCAGGAUUAACUCCUUUGGUUUUUCAAGACAGGGUUUCUCUGUGUAGCCCUGGCUACCCUGGACUCGGCUUGUAGACCAGAUAUCAAACUCAAACUCAAACUCACAGAUAUCCCCCUGCCACUGCCUCCUUGAGCGCUGGCAUCACAGGCAUGCACCACCUCGCCUAGCUCAGGCAUAACUCUUAUUUGAGGAUUAAUACUAGGACCAUGCCCUUCACAAAUGCUCUUAGAUAGUUGUUUAAUUUUUUUUCUCUUUUCUUUAAAUUAAGAGAUCCCCAACUGUCUUUUUUUUCCCUUUAUCUUGAUGGGAUGGAUUUUUAUAUAUAAGAAAUAUUUAUAAUUAUUUAACUGUUCUAUGAAAUCGUGCCUGCUAAGGCCUCCAGGCCUUCCUUCUCAUCCUUGUUGAAUGGCGCGAAGCAGCUGUGCAGUGUCUGAGGAGCCACCCAGGAAGUCGAACCCACACAGGCACGUUGGGAUGAGCGGCCCCAUAAAAAGGCAACUUGUAUCAGGUCCCUUGAACUUGGGGGAAAGAAAAAGUGCUUUCUUUCCCCGCCAAGGACUGAGCCAGAGGUCCUUAAUGAAACACUGACCCCCACGUCCUUACUAUAUUUUACAAGUGCCUAGAAAAUAUUUGCAAAGGUAAUCAUCAUCAUCAUCAAAUAAUAAUAAAGGAAAAAAUGCACUAACUUAACAUGGCAACUACCUUAAAAUACAAGUGUUGGUGGCAGCUGGGAAAGGUCAGCGGUCCUGCCGUAUGUGGUCUUGCCUGCUCCUAUUGUUUCACAACCAUUUCAUGUACACUACUGAGGUAAGUUUAUAACUUGAAAUGUGAACUUUUUUUUUUUUUUUUUUUAGGAUUAAGAACAAACUAAUAUAAAAGUUUUUAAAAGUUUUAGAGUCUGGGUUUUAGACAUGCUACUAGUUUAGUUUUUAGCUUCGUAUUUGAAAAGCUUUUUGGAUCUUGCUGCAUUUACAGUGCAUUCUGAAGAUGUAUGUGGUAAAUAAAGCUUUCUUUAAAGCAA